GGAGAGAGAGAAAGCAGAGAGGCAUUAUUAAGUGGCUGAAGGAACAGUCCUCCUUGUUCUUUUUCCUUCUUCUUCUUCUUCCUUUUGUGUAUAGAGUUGGAGAAUAUGUACCCUUUUGCUCCUUUCUACUGUUUGUUUUGAUUGUUUCUCGGGAAAAUUCAGGCCAAGAUCAAAGUGGGGGCUCUUCUUUUUGCUCGUAAGAUAACGUAAUUCGUCCUCAAUACGAUGGUUGGCCUUUUCUCCAGAUUUUCUAGAAGCGGCCAUCGUCGAUCACAGAGCGCCGUUGAUGAGAGGGAAGUACUGCCUCCGGCUUCUGAUACUGCUCCUGUGUCUGCUACCAUGCCGGCUGUUAGUCAUGGGAUUGAAGUGGCAACUGAAUUUAAACCGGUCGAACAUCCGGUUGAGCCUCUGGACAAUGACCAACCGAUCCAAUGCCCACUGCCCGAGCCAUCCAUUCUCAAUGAUGGGAGGAUUUGGAAGGAGAGACUAUCAGCAUCGAUGAGGAGAAGGGGCGAUUUGCCGGUUGUAAAAGACGGGCCAGCAGCUGCGUCCGAUGGCUCUGGAACAAAACCUCCGCGUCCAAGCCAACCCAACCGCUCGAUCUUGCCAUCCCUCAGCGCCCCCGAACACAACUUGCUUAAUCUCCUCGAAGAAUGCAAUGCAACCUAAGAACCCCGAGAUCAGUUUCCCACAACUCAUAGUUUAAAGAUUUAUCACGACGAUACAAACCCUCUUCUUCAUGUUUCUGCUCUUACUUCUGUGUGAAUGUUAUACACUAAAAUCACCUGUAAUCAUCAAGCUUUUGAUCUGUAGAUCUUUCAACCGAUAUUCUAUAACAAAAAAACGGGUUUUACUCUGUUCUUCAUCUUCCUUCUGAGACUUGUCAUGUGAUUGCGUAGUUUGAGGAAAGACCAGAUUCAGGACCAGCUUUUA